AACUAGUAAAAAGCUACAAAUAAAAUAAAAUAAAAAAUUAAUAAAUAAAUGCCCCUUUCAUCUCUCCACUAUUGUAGACCCCCCAUCGAGUUCAUCUUCUUCUCAGACUGUGCCAUCGAAUUUCUUCCCAGAGCCGUAAAUCGAAUCGAAGGUAGAAGGUUGAGUAAUCAUGGGUAAGGACGCAAAGCCAAAGGAUUCAGGAGGGAAAGGGAAGGGUAAACAAGCAGCCAGUGGAAGUGAUGAUGGUGCUGCGAAAGGUAAAGGAAAAGGUGGGAAGGCGGCAGAUGGGCUUGGCACCUGCACAUAUGUCAAAGCAAGGCAUAUCUUAUGCGAAAAGCAAGGAAAGAUUAAUGAAGCAUACAAGAAGCUGCAAGAUGGCUGGCUUAGUAAUGGAGACAAAGUUCCACCAGCUGAGUUUGCUAAGCUAGCAGCGGAAUAUUCAGAAUGUCCAUCAGGGAAGAAGGGUGGAGACCUGGGAUGGUUUCCACGUGGUAAGAUGGCUGGUCCAUUCCAGGAUGUUGCUUUCAACACACCUGUUGGAGUUACUAGUGCACCAUUUAAAUCAACACAUGGAUACCACAUUAUCUUAUCCGAAGGGAGGAAGAACUGAUACAAUGUGGCAUUCAAAUAAGGCUGUGUCGAAUUAGCAACCGUGAAAAUUGAAGUAAUAUUUAUGUCUUUUUUGUCUGAGACUUGGCAUGAUGAAUCUUCUGUUGUCUUUGUUAUGAAUAUAUCGUAGAGUUCUUAUGAAUAUAUUGUGUUAUAACUAUUGGUUUUUGGUUUGCAUUGUA